CAGAAAAACACCGGAAGUAGUCGUGUUUUUGUACCAGAAAAGUAACUUGAUGCAGGUAGUAAAUGAUUAAGUUUGCAUAUCUUUCGAGCGAGCCAGUGGGGAAAAGUCCAUAUUUCCGGAGCCAGUUUGCUGCUACGCCACAUCAUCUCAAACAUGACCAAGCACGAGUUCGCGGUGGCCAUGACGUGUGAAGGAUGCUCGGGAGCUGUCAGCAGAGUCCUCACCAAGCUGGGAGACGUGAAGUUUGAGAUCGACCUUCCCAAGCAGCUGGUGUGGAUCGAGUCGGACAAAGACGCGGAGGUUCUCAUGGAAACCUUGAAGAAGUGCGGCAAGGAGGUCAAGUACAACGGCACCAAAUGAUCGGGUCCCAGGACUCGUACGCUUGCGGUGCAAAAGGAAGAAGAAGUCAUAGACGUCACGGGAUUGGCCGGAGCGACACUUUAGCGAUCCUUCUUGAUGAUGACAUCUUCUGCAGAAGUCAUUCCACCUCACCUGUAAAAGUAUUUUUCCUUUCUUCUCAAACACUAUGUGGUCCCUCCUCUCCUCCAUGGCGAGGAGCAGUGAUGUUUAAUGACGUCUUGGAGGAGCCAUUCCUGUUGCCUGUAUCGCCUCACACUAACAUUUGAGGCUGUUUGGAGUCACACUCAAAUAAAGUCUGCCUCAACUUGGAA